AUGCCGGCUACAGAGUUGACAAAUUAUGGCUUUCAUGCCGAAUAUAACUCUUCUAUUAGCGCCGAUGAACUUUUCGUUAAUCAUAGUAUUCCAGAAUUACGUGCUCUUGAGAAAAGAACAAGUGAACGAUAUCGUGAUUUGAUCGAUGCGGCUGAUAGUAUAGUUAACAUGCGUCAUUGUGCUUUAUCCAUUCAAGAAGAAUUACAUCACAUGCAAGAUUCUUGUGAUGUUCAAGCUCUGAAACGCACUGUUAAAGCUCAAAUAAAUGAAGAUAAAAAGGGAACAAAAGAAAGCCAUAAAUAUCUAAAUGCUAGUCGUUUAUACCUUAUUGCUAAGUUGGUGUAUAAAAAUCUUCAAGCUCACAAUGAAGAUACUCCUUUCAAUGUUCACUUUAAAGCUCAAAUCCUUCAAAAAGCCACGCUGUAUUUAAAAGUCAUUGAACAAUCUGAGCAGAGUCUGGCAGAAACACUUUGUGCAAUUAUGUUGUUGGACGAUGUAACAAAAAAAGAUGUAUUUCGUAAAUGUCUUGAUAUGCGAACAUCGGCGUUAAUACAAAUUUUAGAAAAGUCUGAAACAAAAGACACAAAAUCAAUGGUGGAACAGUUUAAGGAAAUGAUUCGUCUUAUUAGAGGCACUGUUUAUCAUGUUGGUUCUGUUUUCAUUAGUGUAGACAAUGAACAAUCGUUAUUUGAAUCAUGUCUGCAUCAAUUACAACAAGGGUUCACAGUUUAUGAGGAUUCAGCACAACCAUCUCCUGCCCUGGUGUCACCACGUGAUUCAAAAGCUUCUUUAACCCGUCUAUACUCUCCUUCAACAAAUAUACAUCUACUUGUACGUUACCUUCCUGAAUCGAUUCAAACAUUUACUCCUUUUUUACAUGUGUCUGGUACACGUGGCCAACUUUCACAAGAAGAUAUUACAGCACGAAUGAAUUUGUGGAUAGAUCAAAUCGUUGAACAAUUUCAUGAAAAACUCGAUUCUUUGUUAUCAAAAGUACCUUGUGCAAGAGAGUUACAUGAAUUACGAAGAACAAUUUGGGAAAUCUUAAAAGAGGAUGAAUGCGUUAAAGAUAAAGAUCAAUCUUCGUCUAAAAAGUUUCCAAGCAAAGUUCAUAGAACUAGUUUGGGCACUGAAUCAGUUUUCAAAAGUCGAAUAGAACUCCUUGUAUCUGGACAAACAUCAUUUGUUAACGGUGUUAAAGUAGCUUUUGACAAAAAUUUAAAAGAUAUUAAGGAUGAUAUAGGAUCAGUAUUUAUUUCAUCAGAGAACCGUAUUAAUGAUUUAUUUCUAGAUAAAUCUGCUGGAGAUGAUUUGUUUAAUGCCAAUAGCAUACCUAAAAAUUUGAAUAUUGAUCUAUUUAGUGAUACGGAAAAUUUGUCCACGUUCUUUCAAGAAACAAUUGUAAACUCAGUUACAUCUUAUCGCAAUCAACUUGAUAGUUUAUUGGGAGAGGUUAAUACAAGUGAUAAAAACGAAGAUAUCCAGACUGUAGCAGUAAACAAUGGUAAUAUUUUUGCAUAA